CUGUCGAUAUUAAUAGAAGUACGUGGUUAAAAUAUGAUUUCCCGCCAUUUUUGAAGAUUCACGUGGUAGACAAUUGUAUGUAAACAAUUGACAGCUGAUUGGAUUUACAAACUGCAUUAUCAUGUAAUACACAUAAAGAUUCCUACGCUUAUGGUCACCCGAGUGAAGUUUCUGUAUAGGAAGUUAUUUAAUUUCUUUUUUAUCAGUAAGUCUUUCCAAACUGAUAAUUGAUUCCACUGUCAUCAUGCGUAUUGGCGUACGUUUCAUAUCCUCUUGCACUGGACUUGGGACCAUGUUAGAUUAAAAUGGGCGUUACAAACUUAUGGCAGGUGUUAGAACCGGUGCAGGCGCACCAAACACUCUCCUCUCUGAAGGGCCAGACCCUUGCCGUGGACCUCAGUAUUUGGGUGUGUGAGACACAAUGUGUGAAGCAGAUGCAAGGGGUGGUGUCCAAACCUUACUUACGGAACCUUUUCUUUCGGAUCUCGCACCUGUUACAGCUGGGAGUUCACCUGGUGUUUGUGAUAGAGGGCCGUGCUCCGGAGCUGAAACAGCAGGUAAUGGCCAAGCGGCAGGAGACUCGAUUCCCCCAGAGGAAGGCAGUCGGGGGCCAGAGACAAGGGGGACGCAGAAACUUCAAUGCCUGCCUAAAAGAAUGCUGUGAGAUGUUGGACUAUCUGGGGGUCCCCUACGUACACAGCCCUGGGGAGGCUGAGGCCACCUGUGCUGCUCUGAAUGCCAGCGGGGUUGUGGAUGCCUGUUUGACAAAUGAUGGAGAUGCAUUCUUGUAUGGUGCUCGCACUGUAUACAGAAAUUUUACCAUGAAUACAAAAGAUCCCCAUGUGGAAUGUUACUGUAUGACAGAUGUUGAGGAAAAGCUGGGGUUGUCAAGAGAGAAAUUGGUUGCCAUGGCAUUAUUGCUGGGCUGUGACUAUUUACCCAAAGGUGUACCAGGAGUAGGCGUGGAGAGGGCAAUCAAACUGAUGAAUGCUCUCCCUUCUUCUAAUGUAUUGAAAAGAUUUGAGACGUGGAGCUCCAUGCCUGAGUCAUGUUGUGUAGACACAGUAGAAGUGUACAUCAGACGUAAAGCCUUACUGGUACAGGACUUCCCCCAAAAAGAGGUUAUACAGGAAUUUCUUCAUGAAAAGAAGAAGACUCCACGACAUAUUUCAGAAUGGUGCCGACCAUCAAUGUCCAAUCUUCAGGUAUUUUGUUUGAAUAAGCUAGAGUGGCCGGUGGAAUACACAGUGGAGAAGAUCCUGCCUCUGAUAACUCUGUGGGACAUGUCUGACCUCACCAGUAGUACCCCCCAGACUGACCGACACCUCGUCCCGAAACAGAUUGUCAAAUCAAGAGUGAGGCAUGGUGUAGCUUGUUACGAGAUUUUGUGGAACCAGCCAGAAACAGACAGUGGGGUCAGUGGAGAUGUGUACAGGACGAUUGAGGAGCAGGUUCUCUUUAGGCGCAGCUAUCCACAGAUUGUAGCACAGUUUGAUAUAGAACAGGAAAACAAGAAAGUCAAAACCAAAAGAAAAUCAAGGAAGAAAAAAACCACAGAGAAAGAAAAUGGAACAGAAGAAACAGAAAUCAGUGAGAGGAUAGCCUCUGUCAAUGUUAAGGAAGAAGAUGAUGUGGAAUGUAAUAGUGUUGGUGAUGAUAUAGAUACAGAAGUCCGUGACAAAGACAAACAGAUCCCCAGUGAGAGUAAACUUGAUUCUCGCCUGCUGAAUGUACAGCCGACACAGCAGAUGAAGGCGUCUCCGAUGCACAAUCUGGAGCUGGCCCUGAGGUCUGUACCCAGGCGAUCAGAGAAAGACGGCCAUGUUGCUGUGGAGAGGAAUCUGAACUUCAGCAGCAGUGAAGAGGAUGAAGAAGAGCUGGAAGAGGAGUAUCUGCCCCUGUCACAAAGACUGCAGCUGAAGAUUGCCAAACCCCGGGGGCGUCAGAGGAGAGAGCCACAGUCCAGAGGGUCCUCAAAGAACAACCAGGGGGGAGAGGGGAUAGAUGUGAUGGUUAGGGCAAUCUCUCAGGGUGUGUCAGGUGCCCUGAGGGGCUGCUUCUCUAGUGACAGUGAUUCAGAUGACCUUCAAACUUUUUCUUCACAAACAGGAACCAAAUUGGACAGCAAUGUCACAGACUAUGAACUCACAAUUAAACAGACAUCUAGUGAGAAACACCAGUCAUCACCCAGUGGAAACAGUCAGAUUUGCUUGCAGAAGACGCCUAUCUGGGAGAGACGGACGGCUAAAUCUAUAGAGGCAAUAACCAAGGGGGAUUAUUUAGAUGUUCCUGACAUGAACUUCUCUGUUUUGACUCCUGAUGUACUGGGGAGGAGCAUGCCCUCUGUUAGGAUCAGGAGUGGUGCCUCGUCCUCAACCCCUGAAGGUCAGCAUGUUGACAGCAUGUCCAAGUUUUCUUACAAUCUGUCAAAUCUUAGUCCCCACCUAUCAGAGAAUGCCAUGGUUUCACCAUUUCUUAGACCAGAGGCUCUACAUAGCCCUAUAAUCAUGACUUCUUGUGAGAAACUACAAGCCUUUCAGAGCUUCUCUACACUAUGGGAGAACACAUCCAUGAACAGAACUAAUGGUGCCGUUGAAUUUGGUGACUUUGAAGUUCAGACUUCUCUCCUAAACUCCUUCAAUAAACUCAACAUCACUGACCAGGAGAAAACUUCAAUGUUGAGUGAUGUCGGUAAAAAAGUAUUUGAUUCUCCUUCAGAAAUCAAAAGGGUUAAUCUCGGGGAAAACAUAUUUGAUUCUCCCUCAGGUAACAAAGAAUUUUCUUGUGGACAGUCAAAGAAUUCUCAGGAGGAUGAUUCUGUGAUCAUUGUUAGUAGUACUAGUGACUUGUCAUUCAGUGUUCAAACAGAUAAAAUGAGUGAAGACCCCAGCACAAGUGAUAAAAAUGAAAGUGUAGGGCCAUCACCACUGAGAUCUGUGUUAGCGACAGUCAACAGACAGAAAGACAGACAAAGUAAACCCCAGUGUAACAAGGAGAGGACUAGAGACCACAGUCAGAGUUCUCCUGUGUGUGUGGGGAAGGAGAACGAGGCGGGGGGUCAGUGGGAGGGGGAGGAGUGUAGUAGACACAGCCCCCUGUCUCUGAUUGACAGACUGAGGCAGAGACUUAGCAACCAGUCUGACUCUGGUCUCAUCACUAACUUCAAGCCUUUCUCUGUAAAACCUGUCAAACCUGUGAAGUAAGCUGAAAAUUGUCGCCAGUUUUGUGUUUUGUAAAAAAUGGGUGUCCUCUAAGCAGGGUUUGAAACUGAAACAUUUGAAAUUUUAUUCCCUGUCAAACCUGUGAAAUUUCUCGGUCAAAACUGUGAAAUAGGCUAAAAAUUGUUGGGGAUUUAAUGUUGUUAAAAAUGGAUGCACUCAUUGUAGUAGACUUUGAAAUAUAAAUAUCUGAAAUUUAAUAAAAUUUAA